CCCACGGAGCACUUCAGCCUGCUCUCCCAGCCCACCCCUCACCCCCACGCACGCACAGGCGCACAGCACCAUCGGACGCACGCCGGCGCCGCCGCUCGCUGUCGCCGGCGACGAGCCGCCGCCCGCCGGCAAGGAGGAGUGCCGGCUGGAAUAUCCGGCUUUGAUGAUUGCUCCACAAGGAUGAGAUGACCUCCCGUCCAAAGCUGUCUGGUAUUCAGAAGCAGGUCUUGGCACUGUACAGGGGAUUCCUUCGGACAGCACGCCUAAAAGCUCCAGAAGAGCGGCGCAGGAUCGAGUCUGUUGUCUCGGCAGAGUUCCGUGACAAUGCACGGAAUGUUGACCGUAGGAACUUUGUAUACAUAGAGUACUUGCUGAGGAGAGGGAAGAGACAGCUUGAACAGCUCAAGAAUCCUGAUAUUACUGGACUUGCUACCCUUGAAGUAAAGAAAUAAGGCCCUCUUCAUUGCCAUAACUAAGCAUAAUGGGAGGAUUUGGGAAUCUCGAGAACAUGCCAUUGAUGAUGCCCAAAGAACAUAAAUAUGACCAUACAUCAGAGUUUUUUUUUUCAGGAGUGACUUUCUGGGGUUCUUAAUUAGCCUAUGGGAACCUCAAGAUAAAUCUAGUAGUACCUAUCUGGUUAUUUUCAGAUAGUAAUAUCAAUUUUACUCUAUUUUGGUGUUAACCAGACUUCACUGGGCUUAUGUCAUCCAUGGAUUCUGGUGCAAUCAUGGAAUUUGUAUGUUUAUUGAUUCGAACUAUGUGCCUAGUUUAAAAAAUGAUGUUGAAAUUCUGUGAUGAAUCAGUAAGAUUAUCCCUGGCUUUGAUAACUUUAAAAUUAUAUGAUGAAUAA